AUGUUGUGUACCGCUAGUAAAAACAAGAUGGAAUGGAAUAAAAAUUUUCAGUCGAAUAGUAUAUUUGUUUAUAAUUUUCCCAAUGAAUGGAAUGAAAAUGACAUAAAAAAAAAUUUCAUGGUAUUCGGGACGAUAAAUAAUGUUCUAAUAGACAAAGAUAUAAAUACAUAUGCAUAUGUACAAUUCAACGAAAUUGAGGCAUGUCAAAAGGCUGUGGAAGUUAUGAAUGGAAAAGAAAUCAGUGGAAAGGCUCUGAAAGUCACGGCAAGAAAAAUUGUAGAUGAAUGCUUGGAUAUGAAUUCCACAAAAAUCGAAACACAACAGAAAACUCAGCCAAAUAAUGAAAAUAAAAAAACGACACUUUUUGUUUUUUACUUACCUCCCCACUGGAAUGACCAGGAUUUAUUUGAUAAAUUUAAAACCUUCGGAAAUUUGGAAAGCGCUACUGUAGCAAAAAAAAAUGACAAAACAAGUAAAGGAUAUGGGUUUGUUGUUUACACGGAUCCUCACAGUGCUGCAAUGGCAAUAUCAAAUAUGAAUAAGGUGGAGGUGUAUACAGGAAAGAGACUAAAGGUUCUACUAAAGUCCAGUUCUAAUGAAAACAACAAAAAAAAAAUAAAACCGGGGUGCACAAUUUUUGUUUUCUAUUUGCCAAAUGAUUGGAGUGACAAGGAUUUAAAAAGACAUUUUUCGCAUUAUGGAAAUAUCCUAGGUGCAACCGUAAAAAGAGAAACGAAUGGAAAAAGCAGAGGAUAUGGCUUUAUAAAUUUUGAAAAUCAGCAAAGCGCCAUUAAUGCCGUUGCGGGUAUGAAUGGAUUCAAUGCAGGCAAUAAAUAUUUAAAAGUGUCAAUAAAAAAGGGGGAGGAACAGUAUCUGGCCCCACAGUACUUAAAUAUAGAUCCCAUGGGAAACAAUUCGUACACAUCACCUCCUCCUCCACCCCCACCCAUGUCAUGCCAUGGAAAUGAUUCACCUAAUUUUGGAAAUGGUGAUAUGUAUCCAAUGCAGAGCACAUUACCGAACAAUAGAUUUAACUCACGUGUUUCAACGAAUGAAAUGCACCAAUCCUUUAUUAAUACCCAGUAUGGUCAUUUCCCAUACAAUUUUUUUAAAAAUAAUGAGCAGGCGCCAUACAUGCAGAGAUCAUACAAUAAGAAUUACAAUAACAUGGGAAAGACAUAG